AUGGGUCGUGGGAAACUUGAGAUGGAGUUAAUAGAGAAGGAGAAAACUCGAAGCAUAACUUUUCAGAAGAGAAAGAAGGGUCUGAUAAAGAAGGCUUAUGAGUUCUCCACGCUCUGUGGAGUUGAUACCUGCGUGAUCAUCUAUGGGCCAAAACUAAAGGACCGGCCCAUUGAGCUCGAUACCUGGCCCGAAAACCGUGAUCAAGUGGAGCGGGUUAUCAAGCGGUACAAGACUGAUACGAAGGUUAAACCCACAAGGGUAACCUUCGAUUUGUCUGACUUUUUCAUAGAUAGGAAGAAGAAGGUCAACGAUGAGACUUCAAGACUGCGGAAGAAUAUUUUCGAGGCCAGGUACCCAACAUGGGACGACCGCAUUGAAAUGUUGUCGGAGGAUCAACUCCGGGCGGUUCUUGAUGUUAUGGACACAAAGGUUGAAGCUGCGGGGAUGAGGAUUAGCAGGAUAAAAGGAUCAAAUCAGCAGCAUAUGAUCGGAAAACCAACAUCAGCGAUGGUUGUCAGCCCGCCGGAGUUAAUCCGAAACCAAUUUAAUAGCAGCAUGCAAGCGUUGUGCCAGGAACAGCUUUUCGACCCUCCGAUGAAGCCACUUGAUCCUCAGUACUUGUCCUCUCAAUUCCAUCACGUGCUUCCAUUGGAUCAUCAUCCGAGUGUGAUGGACAAUUCUUUCAAGAAGCUGUUGCACGGUGAUGAUCAAUAUUGGACCCACCAACUUGCCAGCGUGUCUACCGCCGGCAACAUUCAUGCUCCCUUGAAUAUUGAAUAUCCGCCGUCUAAUUACAAUAUGGUGCCUGCCGGGGUUCUGGAGAACACAUUCUCGAGCAAUCAUCUUCCUAGUGCCUCGAUGAACUACUAUGACUUACCCAGACAAUUCACGCCACAAUAUUUGCCCUAUGGCCCGUACCCGAUGAUGAUGCCAAAUAUUUCUUCCCAUGGCUUCCAAGUGAAUGAUUUGUAUGAUAUCGGCGAGUUUGAUAUGAAGAACAAGCAUUUGUUAUGA